AUCAGUGGGCGGGGCUUGAGCUGACAUAAAGUGUGAUGUUGCUGCCAUGCCUUGACGGCUAGCAAACACACCAAGCUCAACUGAGGAGCAACCUCUGCGUCUCACUCAAAGGGCAAGAGGAACAGGAUUUAAACAGCGUUGCACAGUGGGGAGAUCAUCCUUAUCAAUGAGGACACCUGGCAUGGCGCUUUUUAAACAGCAGCUUGUGGAGGACUUCUACGACAUUGGAGAGGAGCUAGGAAGUGGUCAGUUUGCAGUGGUCAAGCGUUGCACAGAGAAGCACACAGGCCUUGAAUAUGCCGCCAAGUUCAUCAAGAAGCGCCAAAGCCGGGCCAGCAGACGAGGCGUGAGGCGGGAGGAGAUAGAGAGGGAGGUGGACAUCCUGCAGCAGCUUCAGCACCCCAACGUUGUCGCACUUCACGAUGUCUACGAGAACCGCACAGAUGUGGUGCUCAUCCUGGAGCUUGUUUCUGGUGGAGAGCUAUUUGAUUUCCUGGCUCGCAAGGAGUCACUUUGUGAAGAGGAGGCCACUCAGUUUAUCAAACAGAUCCUGGAUGGAGUCCAGUACCUCCACGCUAAGAGGAUUGCACAUUUUGACUUAAAGCCUGAAAACAUAAUGCUGCUGGACAGGAAUGUUUCUCUACCACGCAUCAAAAUCAUCGACUUCGGACUCGCACACAAAAUGGAAGCCGGGGCAGAUUUUAAAAACAUUUUUGGAACCCCUGAGUUUGUUGCUCCAGAGAUAGUCAACUAUGAGCCCCUGGGGUUGGAGGCAGACAUGUGGAGCAUCGGGGUCAUCACCUACAUACUCUUGAGCGGUGCAUCACCUUUCCUCGGCGACACAAAACAAGAAACGUUAGGCAACAUUUCCGCUAUGAGCUACGAGUUUGAUGAGGAGUUCUUCAGCAACACAAGCGAGCUGGCCAAGAGUUUUAUCAGGCAGCUCUUAGUGAAGGACACGAGGAAACGGAUGAGCAUACAAGACGCCCUCAACCAUCCUUGGAUUAAGUCCUGUGGCCAGCCGCCGGACAUCGCCACCCCGGAUGAUGAGCAGAAAACUGAGCAGCUGAAGACAAAGCGUCUGAAGGAGUACACCAUCCAGUCCCACUCCAGCAUGACCCAGAACAACACCUAUGCCAGCUUUGAACGUUUCUCCCGCGUGGUGGAGGACAUCGGUUCUAUGAAGAUGGGGGUGUCAGAAGUGGUCGGGGCCCACCAUACCUUGCAGGGUGACCUGGAGGCAUUGCUGGCCAUCUACAAUGAUAAAGAAGCCUGGUACAAGGAGGAGAAUGAGACCGCCAGGAAGCAACUCUCCCAGGUCCGCUAUGAGUUUCGCAAAGUGGAGACCACGAGGAGGCUGCUGCAGGAGGACAUGAAGGGCGUGGGGACCACUCUCGAGAGCAUCGGAGGGAAGUACCAGCAGAGGCAGAGUCACCUUGACACUCUGAGGCAGGAGCUGACCUCAGAGCUGCAGUGGUUGCAGGAGGUGAUGGGCUCUCUGGAUCUACAGGGAGCAACAACACUGGAGGAGCUGCUACACCGGUCCUGCCGUGGAGAGACCCAAAAGUCCCUUACGGAAUCCACUUAAUAGGAAGAAAGACUUUUGUUUGUAUUUGAGUCUUAAAGGAAGAACUGCACUUUUUUGGAAUGUUACCAAUUAUCCACAACCCUUAUUUAUGUGAGACAUGAAAUCUUUUCUGUGUGUUCUAAAGAUAUAAAAACAGAUAAAAAGAUGCACUAUUCUGCCUGUAAAGCCUUCUGAAAGAAACUCCCAUUUAAAACUGCAUUUAAAACUUCAAAAACUGCCCCCAUUUACAUUACGUGACCUGCAUAUUAACCAAGCUACAGCCACUUUGUUAUUAUUAUUAUCAUCAAUAAUAAUAAUAUUACACCAAAUAACUGCAUUACUGUUGUAGUGACACCACGCCAUACCACACUGGCUCGUGACCGUGUCCCAUUACGUGCAGUCAUGAGCUACCAAAAAUCUUUUCAGCUGUUUUUAUAUUCUUUAGAAUGCACAGCAAAGAGAAAGAUGUGCUUUCAUAUCACACAUAAGGAUUUUAGAUUAUGGGCCUAAUUUAAAACAAAAGUGUAGUUUUCCUUUAACAUAUUAUUGUAAGCAACUGACUUGAAAGUGAUUGUUAAAUCAUGUGAACGUUCAGCAUGAAUAUAGACAAAAAUAUCUGGUUGCAAGCUCACAACACGGACAGGAAGAAGAGGAUAUACUUUGCAGCUGUAACAGACACUUUUGUAGAUGGACUUGUACAAGAUGUUGAAGUGAGAGGUCAGAGUUCACAAAGUUCUUAUUCACCACCGUCAUCCAAACGUGCCUCAAUGGAUCAUAUUUUGUGUACUGGGGUGCUGAAACAUCCCAAACCUGUGUCCACAAAAAUGAUUUGGAAGGGAACCAUGGGGUCAAACCCCAGUGGAUGAAUAUUGGGUUGUUGUGAAUAUCUUUUUGGAACGUUUAAGCAUUGGAUUUUAUUUUGGCAAGUGAAUUGGCAGUUUAAGCUUUCACUAUGUUGUGGAUAUGAGGCGAUAAAGGGAGCUUUUUAAUGGAAUGUAUUGGGAUUUCACAUUUUUAAUUGAUUUUUCAUUCCAUUUUAUAAUGUACACUUGGAUGGUAAUUCAUCAUGAGUACCAUUUAUCAUGUCUUUCAUUUAUUUUAUUUAUUCUGUAUUAAUAAUUUUCAAGGAGCACUUCUAUUGACAAUAUCUUAUAUUUCUUUAUUUAUCUAUUUAUUUAAAUUAUGUUUUCCUUGGCUAUUUUUUUUUAAAACCUCAAAAAUAUAAAACAUACAGAGUAUGCUUGUAAAUUGUUGUAAUCUACACAAUGUGCACCUUUUUGGCUUCUGUAUUAAAAUAAGCACUGUUAAAGAUUUACAAGUCAGUUUGUGUUAAAUAGAUAUUUCAGGUUCAAUUUGAGGUGAAUUUUCUCCAUCAAAAUGUAUUCUUUGAUGCAGUCAUUUGACUUUGAGCCCUCCUGUCAUUUCUUCCCUCCCUGUGUCU